UAGGGCCUAAGUUUGUGUAUACGUAGACAUUUCAGUCGGCUUUGUCACUCUUUCGCGGAUACCGUUUGCUACCGAGUUAAAAUCUGGUGACACAACCUUAACAUCUUUUCAGUUUCGCUGCAAUUACGAGUGCCCAUCCAGACCCGGAAAAAUGGUAGCAAAACAGAGAAUUCGCAUGGCCAACGAGAAACACAGCAAAAACAUAACGCAGAGAGGAAACGUGGCCAAAACUACGAGAAACGCCCAGGAUGACAAAGUGUCAGUUGGACCCUGGCUUCUGGCGCUUUUCAUCUUCGUUGUAUGUGGAUCAGCAAUAUUCCAGAUCAUCCAGAGCAUCCGAAUGGGAAUGUAAGAUGGAGGCCCCCACCUGUCCGCCUGUCCUCCACCUGUCUCCCGGUCAUCUCCCACCAGCAUCCCUCACUCUGCCUUCCUGAUGGAUACCCCAGGCCUGGCGAGGCUCCAGCCCCCAAACAUCCUCCUUCUUCUGCUUUUUUUUUCUUUUUGUUUUGUUUGUUUGUUUUCUCGAGUUUUUGGCCACGCCAGGUCGCUGUGCCCACCCUCCCUGUGCCUUAAAAGUGGAACCAAAAGCACGCGUUUAGAAAGCCAUACGAGUCACAAUCCUGCAUUCCAAUCUGGGACCCACGAUCAAAGAGUCAAAGUCUCGCACAAUUUUGUAAUCCUGUUUUUUAAAAGAUCUGUGAUUCCAAUUAUGCAUCUAUCCUUGACCAUGUUGGACUCUACUUUGCCUUCUCUGUACAUGAUUCCAGUCUAAUUGCAAAUAAUGUCCUCUUUAUUCUAGGGGGAUUUGUUUU